AUGAUGGUCCCGGGCCAUAAUUCCGUUACAUCCCGCCUUUUAAAGUCUUGGGCUGGGAAUCCUUACUCAAAGUGCGCUCUAUGCUAUAUCUUUGGUGAUCACCCUACCGAAAAAUUUGAUGAUACCACUAUCCAAAGCUUUGAUGAUGUCAUCAAGCAUCUCAUCAAGCAUCUCAAGAGUGAAUAUCACAAGAAUUUGGAGCUUUCCUCUGAGAAAGAGGCUUGA